CAAAGAUUUUCCAAUGACACACAGAACAGGCAGGUCAUGGAGUCUGCAAAGCGGAAGCGAGCCGCCAAGGCAUGUAAUUACUGUCGAAAGAGGAAGAGGAAAUGCGAUGGCAGACAGCCAGUCUGUACGCUUUGUGAAGAGGCGAAUAACUCCGAGUGCGAGUAUCGCGAUGAAGGGAAUGAGUCAAAGCGCAUUGCUAUCCCUGUUGAUCGUGUUGAUGAGAUCUUUGAUCGUCUUGAAUCUCUUGAAUCAACCUUUCAGUCCGCUAUAGCCCGUCAACGAGAUCGAAGUCCUAUCUCAACACCUUUCCCAGCAUCAACGCCCUACGCACCAUAUCCCAUAAUGCGACAUAACGAACCAAUUAGCCCUGAAGAUGGAAUAGUAGCUGCUUCAUCAGUUCACUCAACAGGACCUGGUACACAAACAUCUUUAUCUCAAUUCGCUAAUAACAAUGUAUUCAACACAACGAUGGACAUACCACUUUCUCACUCAUCCACAACGGGGAAUUUACUGAGAUCUGCGCCUGCGAAAGCACUACUGGGUCAUUAUCCUUCAGAUCUGUUUCUUCAUAUUGAGUUGAGAAGACCGAUUCCUGAGGGCUUGAGGUUAAACGCCGUGCCAGCGAGUCAAAUUGACUUACCGACGUUAUCACCCAACGAAACAGAUCAUCUCGUCAGAAAUUACUUCCAGCUCGUUCAUCGCUUCCAUCCGAUUCUUGAUCAACGAGCUUUUUAUGAUUUAUAUGAUAGAACUGUUGAGCACGGUGCACGGCCUGAUCUUCCCUCAUCACUGGUCCUCGUUGUCCUUGCACUUGGCUCUGUUGCUGCCGAGACGCCGAAUCGAAUGGAUGCGAAUUGGAGCCCGGGGGUAAAGUUCUUUACACCGGCUGUGAGGCUUUUACUCACGGAGUCGUUGUGCUCGUUUGGCGGUGAUCCGCUUUUACCGCAGGCGUUGUAUCUUGCUGCGUUGUAUUAUAGUUAUUUGUCGAGGCCUUUGCUUGCGUGGAGGUUGGUGCAUAUGGCUUCCACUGAUGUCCAGCAUUAUUGGAUCAGAUCAGAGAAGUUGCUGCGAGAUGGUCAAAGCGGUUCGCAAGAUCAGUCAAUUCUUCGAGUCUUCUGGGCCAUACUCGUACUCGAAUGUGACAUCCUCGCAGAACAUCAUCUCCCUCGCAGCGGUAUCGAAAAGAUCGUCGACAAACUUCCCUACCCUUGGUCCGAUGGCCCUUCCGAACCUUACAUGCACCGCUGGCUCGCCGACCUCUCAUCACGUCGCCUUCUGAAUCGUAUUCACUACGUUCUCUACGCAGAAGCUGAACCAGGUACAGGCGAUAACUCAGCAGAUAACUCCGAAGAAACCCAAUCGAGUCUUCCAAACUUAGCUCAUGAGUUGAACCGCCAGCUUGGUGCGUGGUAUCAUCUUCUUCCUCAUAGUAUCCGACCAAAUCUUGAGAUUCCUCCAAUAGGGAUUGAUGAUACCAUGGUUACUAUAAGAUAUCACACAACAGGCGAUAUCAUUUACAGACCAUUUCUGUAUCAGGUUUGUGCUCUUGCGCCGGGGACGCAACCUAACCCUGCGACACUUGAGAAUGCGAGACAAUGUCUUGUGCACUGUCGCAGGUACCUUAAUGCGGUUGAAUUUGCAGUCCAUGCGCCGACGGCGUCUUUGGAGAAUCUCUUGCAUGGGUAUGUCUAUACCGAGUGUAGAACAACAAUUACUAACAGUCCCAGGACCAUGGCGGUGGUAUUACUCCUCUCAUUCGCAGCCUUCUCAAGAUUGGAUGCCCUCAGAGUCCCUGAUCUCAACCAAUUACAAGACAAGGGAAUAAGGAUCUGCGAAAGAUGGGCGUUCCCAGGAUCGAGUAUAGAGCAAAUGGUAGUUAUUCUGCGCGCCCUCCGAGCAAAAUGCAUUGAUACAGGAUGAGAGCAAGCUCUAUAGAAAAGAACGUCAAUGUGUAGAUUGCAGAAAUUUAAUCAAUUCGGUAUCAUGGCUGUGCAUACCCGGUCCCGGAAAUGGCCAAUCCAAAGGCGAGGUCCAUUGAUUUUUGACAUUAAGGGCGCGCGCUAGUCAUCGUCGGAAGCAGGGCCGAGAUCUUUCCAGAAGCCACUAAUUCAAAC